UUUAUCAAUAGUCAUAGUCUUUAUUGUUCAUUAUUUUUUUAUAUAAAAAGUAACCAUAUAUAUAUAUUUUUUAACUAUGCAAGAAAAUCAAGAAUUUACCGCAGAUUUAGACUUUGCUAGACUUCAAGUUAAAGAUUCUUCUUAUAAUAAACAACUUGAACUCGAUCCUUCUCUAAUAAAAAACGCAUAUAAUAAACAAGAACGACCUAGAAAUUAUUAUUGUUACCGUCAUCGUCCUGAUCUCGUAAAAGAAAGAAUGGCUGACGAACUUGCUAAUGAAGAAUUACAAAAGCAAAUUUCAAAAUUAUCCCUUUCAGAACAAGAUUCAAUUGCACAUAUAUUUAAAACAUUUUCUGAGGCACCUCCACAGAACCGUUGUGUAAUAUUACAAGGAAUAUUGACUCAAUGUUGUCUUACUCAAUUAUCCUUUGUUUCUAAUUAUAUAAAGGAUUUAAUUCGUAUUGAUUUUAUUGUAGCUCUUCCGAGCGAAAUUUCUGUUAAAAUCCUUUCUUAUCUUGAUGCAAUCUCGUUAUGUCAAGCUGCUCAAGUAUCCAAAACAUGGAAACGUAUGGCAGAUGAUGAUGUAGUUUGGCAUAAAUUAUGUGAACAACACAUAGACAAAAAAUGUUACAAGUGUGGUUGGGGUUUACCUCUCUUGGAUCAGAAACAGAAAAGAAACGGGAAACGAUCUGCAUUAAAUGAAACAUCCAUUGAUUCACCUGUAGUUACAACGUGUAUUUCUGCUGCUGACGCACAUAAUUCAAUGAAAUAUUUACAACAUCAUACUUCACCUGUAUCCUCCCCUUCAAAUACUAAUCCUUCAACACCGAAUACACCAUCAUACGAUUCACAGGAUGAGAUAAGAGAAGUAAAACGUGUUCGUAUAUCUGAGGACAAAACAAUACCUUUAUAUCCUGAUAUACCUUUUAUAACGUUGGAACCUCAUAAAACUCGACCAUGGAAAGAAGUUUAUAGUGAACGUCUUGUUGUUGAACGCAAUUGGCGGAAGGGUCGAUAUACUGUUAGAUCAAUAAAAGGACACACUGAUGGAAUAUUAUGUCUUCAAUUUAAUGAGGAAUAUAAUCGUCUUAUCACUGGAUCCCUUGAUAAGACUGUUCGUGUUUGGAAUCUUGAUACUGGAGAGUUAAUUCAUGUUUUGAAAGGACAUACACGUUGUGUACAAGCAUUACAGUUUGAUAAUGUAAAGCUUAUUACCGGUUCAAUGGAUCACACUUUAAAGUUAUGGAAUUAUCAUACAGGUCAAUGUCUUAACACACUUGAAGGUCAUACAGAUGGAGUUGUUUCGCUUCACUUUGACAAUCGUAUUGUUGCUAGUGGUUCUGCUGAUCAUACAAUCAAGGUUUGGAAUUUCUCUACAAGUAAAUGUACAACCUUGAGGGGACAUACGGCAUGGGUUAAUUGUGUUGUGAUUUAUCAGAAAUCACAAUUAUUAUCAUGUUCUGAUGACCAAACGAUACGUAUUUGGGAUUUGAUCACCAAAACCUGUACUAAAGUUUUUGAUAGUCAAGAAACUCAUGUCGCUUCAAUCCAAUGCAUUCAACCUACCGUAUUAUGUUCAGUAUUUAAUUCGUCUUCUGCCAACACAUCACAUAAAGAACGUUCAAAAUGCAAUGAUCCAGAUAAAAUUGACGAACCCAUUGUUAUUUCGGGGUCUUUAGAUAAUACGAUUAAAAUGUGGUCACUUGAAACAGGAAAAUGUAUAAAUACAUUAUUUGGACAUGUUGAAGGUGUAUGGUCUUUAGCAGCCGAUAAGCUUAGAGUGGCUAGUGGCGCUCAUGAUAAAUCUGUAAAAAUUUGGGAUAAAGAUUCAGGGAAAUGCAUGCAUACUUUAGUUGGACAUGGAGGUGCAGUUAAUUGUGUUGCAUUAGGUGAUACGAUGAUUGUUUCGGGAAGUGAAGAUUGUGAAAUUAGGAUUUGGGAUUUUAAACAUUAAUAAACUUUUUUUUGGAGGAUUUUACUUUGUGUAAUAUCUUAUUUGUACAGUAUAUUAACAAUUAAAAUGAUAUGAUAUCAAAAUAAGAAAGAAAAUUAAUACACAGUUUCUACAAUUAUAGGUUAACUUAUUUUUGUAUUAAAAAAAAAUUUUUUAUUAGUACAUUUAACUUUCUAUAAUAAAAAUUAAUAUUAGUAAUAAAAAGUUUUA